GAAAUAUUGAAGGUGGCUAUAAAAAUGUCAUUGUAUACAUCACUUGGCAACCUUACGUUACCCAGUGAACACCGCUGGCUUUGAUGACAAAAAUGGAGCUGUUUCAACACCUAUGGCAAAGAUGUCAAAAAAAUCUGUGUCUGACGAUCUGGCCACAACUUUCAGCUCUCCAGCAGCAUGGUUCCUAGUCGUGGCUUUGAUUGUAACUUGGUCAGCAGUGGCUAUUGUGAUGUUUGACUUGAUGGACUACAAGAGCCUUGUUGGAGGUUUUAAAGAUUUAAGCUCAGAUCCUAUGAAAGUCAUAGAUGAGGCUGUGGAGGAUACCUCAAAUUGGAUCUAUGGCUUUAUAUCUUUACUGUCUGAUAUAUUAUCAACAAAAGAAUACCCCGAUGACGAUAUGGAUGAAGGUGAAAUUGAACCUCAGACAAAAAAGAAAGGAGUUCAUCACCCCCCAGCUAAACAAAAAGGUGAAACUCGUCCUCCAUCUAAAAGAAAAGCUCCACCACUAGAGAGUAAAAGGAUGAAACCUGAAAAGAAGAUAAAAGUAAAAGAAGAAGUGAAACAAAAAGCUCCAACGAAAGUAGAUAAAAAAAUUAAAGUACCUAAAGUUGAAGAAAAAGUGAAGAAACAGCUUAAAGUUACAAAGCUGGAGAAAAAGGUAGAAAAAGUUAAGAAACCCGAAAGAAAACCCCAAGAAGAGGACAAAGUGAAGACAAAGAUCCAAGUGAAGAAAGAGCGUGAGAAACUCAAGAUCGAAACAGAACAGAGAGCUAAGAAGAGAGACAGGAAGGAGCCCAGUGAACGGAAGUCUGAGAAAGCAAGCAAGAAGGAAGUAAAAGUGAAAGAUACCAAAGAAGUGAAGCAAAAAUCAAAGGAUAAAGAUCAGUAUCAGUUCUGUCGCUAUGUGAUUGACAUGUACACUCUUGGGAAUAUUUAUCCAGGACAUUUGGCAGCUCCUGCAGUUACUCCAGCUCCAGAACUUGUAAAACCUCCUGCAAAGAAACUUCCCACCAGGAAACCUACUGGAACAUCUCAUCAAGAGGAGAAGGAUGCCGUUACUGCCACCAAACACAAAGAGAUUAAAAAACCAGAAAUGGCUUCCAAGUUAAAAGCGGCUUCUCCAUCUCCAACAAUAAAACAGGAGUCAGUUAAAGCAAAGCCAAUUACUCCACCAAAGGAAACGGCAAAGAAGAAAUUGUCUCCUCCUGCUAUCAAAGAAACAAAAGGUUUGACAAAUGUAUACACAUGCACAGACAUACGAGUGAUUUACCUGAAAGAAUAG